CAACAUAGCGCGCUGACGCUCGCCGUGUACGUAACGUGUUGUGGUUGUGUGUGUCGAAACUUUUGUAGUGUAAGGUUUGGGGAUUUAUAACAAUACUUAUAGGCCCCGCUAUGACGUAACACAAUGCUUUGGUGGGUCUUUGUAAUGGCAGUUUUGGGUGAGCUAUCUUGUAACUCUCAGUCAGGUCAUGACGACACCAACAUUGAGUCGCUACUACAGAUGUUAUUCUACGAGUCCACAUUUUCCCCCGCCCCUGCAGUCUCUACCACACCCAGGGUGUUGCCGUACUUCGAGACAACCUCCCUGUCCACCAACCUCACAGCUCAGCUUGGAGACCCGGUCGUGUUCCACUGCAAAGUCAACGACCUCGUGGACGACGCAUCGGUGUCGUGGCUUCGUCGGCAGGACGGUCAGCUGCUUCUGCUCUCGGUCGGAGUGGAGGUGUACAGCAAGGACACGAGGAUAGCCGCCCACCUCACCCCGCCCAAUGACUGGCAGCUGCGACUAGCCGCCGCUCAGCAGGGUGACCAGGGCGGCUACGAGUGUCAGGUCUCCUCUCACCCGCCCAUCGUCCAGACAGUCCAUCUACAUGUCAUAGUUCCUGAGCUGGUGAUUGCUGACGAGAGGGGGUUGCCCAUCAGGAACAAAUUCUACAACGCAGGCAGCACAAUAGAGCUGAAGUGCAUCAUUAGUAGAGUACCACACCCGUCCAGUGCCAUCACCUGGAGACAUGGCACUAGGACAAUCUCGUCGGACACUUCUAGAAGAGGCAUUAGUGUCAAGACUGAGGAGGAUGCAGAGGGCGCCACUAGUCGUCUGUUCAUCGCCAACGCCAGGACAGUAGACUCCGGGGACUACAGCUGUUCUCUGGGCAGUCUAGUCUCCACCUCAGUGGCGGUGCACGUUCUCAAUGGAGAGACACCAGCGGCGAUGCAACACGGGGGAGGCUCAGUGGCAUUCCCCUGCCAUUGCUUCUACUUGCUUCUCAUCAUCAUAAACCUCUUGAGCUCAAGAUAACAUUGAAUCUGGCUGUGCUUGUUCAAGAUUUACGUAUAACAACCGAUACUUGUAUAAACUAUUUUUCCUAAGAUGUAGCUGAAUGUAGAUUUUUGUACUCUCACACUUGGGUUAUUUCACAUUGUAAAUCUUUUAUUAGCGGUUUUCGUUGUGAAUAGAUAGGUUAACGUUUUCUCUGUACUUUCGUAUAAAAGUUUUAAAAUUGCUGACAUUUUUCACUAUCAGUCUAUGAUAAACUUGAUAAAAGAAUCCUUGAUAUAAAACUUCAAAUUUUCGAUACAUUAGCAGGAAAUAUGAGGCAUUAUGAUGUAGCUUUCUACUAAAGAAUGUAAAAAAUUACAUUUAUCAAAAAUCUGUUAGAAAUUUUAAAAAUAAUUUAAGUUUGAUAGUUUUGCAUUUUUAAUUUUAAUAACCUCUCACGGUGAAUUAGCUAAAAUAUGAUAUUAAGUGAUAAGAUUCGUAAUGUUUUUGGAAGACUUCGAUGUGGUGAAUGUUAUAAUUUUGUCUAUUAAAAAGUAAAACAUGUUUUAUUGUAAAACUGCUGUUACACGUAAUUGAUGAUUAAACAUUGAUUUAUAAUGA